AUGUGUACAGCCAAAAGGAUCGUGAUCUUAUACGGUAGUCAGACUUAUACAUCUCAAGAAAUUGCUGAGAGAAUCUGGCGCACUACAAAAAUCUUAGGGCUUAAAGGCCCGGUGCAGGCGUUGGAUGACUAUCCAAUCUCGAAGCUUAUCCACGAACAAUAUGCCCUAUUCGUUUGUGCAACAACCGGCGAAGGAGAGGAACCAGACAAUAUGAAGGCGUUUUGGAAGUUCUUGCUGCGAAAAAACCUCCCAUCUAACUCUUUAGUGAAUCUCAAGUUUGGAGUGAUUGGUCUUGGUGAUUCAUCAUAUGAUAAAUUUAAUUUUGUAGCCAAAAAGCUUCAUAAGCGUCUCAUGCAACUAGGGGCGCAGCCCUUACUGGACACUGCUCUCUGUGACUAUCAACAUGACUUAGGACAUGAUGCUGUUUUGAUGUCAUGGCUUGAAGAGUUCUAUGCAAAAUUAAACACACCACUAAAAAUUGACCCAAGUAUUGGAGUGACAAAGUUUGUUCCUCGUUGGAAAACAACAAUAAUUAAAAAUAACAUUACUAUGAUAUCUGAAUAUGGAUUAAAUAAAGAUAUGUACUUUGGUAGUACUAAUACUGAUCACUUUGUCAAUCCCAUAUACUUGGAAAUAGAAAGUAAUACUCGUACAACACAUGAAUCACAUUUUCAAGAUGUAAGAUUACUUUCCUUUAAAACUGUAAAUAAAGAAAAAAUCAAUUAUUGUCCUGGAGAUGUAUUUAAUAUAAGACCACGAAAUAGUAAAGAUGAUAUUGAGGAUCUCUUUGGAAUAUUUGAAACUCAUAAUAUUGAUAUUAAACCGCAUUACAUGUUAAACAUAGAAGAAUAUCAUGAAGGUAAGAGACAAUUUAGUUUUUCAUUAAAAUUACAAUCUAUGAAUUAUAAAUUAUAA